UUUCUAUAAAGUCAUCUGCUCACUCUCUCUCUCUCUCUCAUCCCUUUCUUCUUUUCUUUAUCUUUUCUAUUCCCAAUCUUCUUUCACUCCUCAAACACCUGCAACAUCUCACUCCUUCCUUUUUUAUACAAGGGUCCAGUAGCAGCAGCUCAGUGCGCCCUAGUUCCUUCAUUUUAUCUCUUAUUUUUUUCCUCAAAGAUCCAAUCUUUGAGCUCCAGAUCACUUCUUUCUGCUCUAAAACUCACGCAAUUAGGAAAAGCUCAUCUUUUAGUUACUCUGGCAGCUCAAAAUCCACAAAAAAUGGAGUUGGGUUUUCUCCCCCUGCUCAUCCUCUGCCUCUCAGUUUCCAUUUCCAGUGCGGAGCUCGCCUCCAAGGUGGGUGUGAACUAUGGCCAGCUGGGCAACAACCUCCCUCCACCGUCGCAGUCGGUGAAGCUCAUCCAGUCUCUCAAGGCCAAGCGAGUCAAGCUCUACGACGCCAACCCCAAAAUCCUCACUGCCUCCAAUCAGACGCUCGCCGACCAUUGGGUCCACACCAACGUCGUCCCCUUUUACCCGGAGACUCUGAUUCGGUACCUCUUCGUUGGAAACGAAAUCCUCAGCCAACCCAAUAAACAGAUCUGGUAUAAUCUCGAUAUUCUCGGCGAAACAUCUCGAUAUUAUAGGACUUUCGACUUCCUCUGGAGCAAAACAUGGUCAAAUUGAUGAAUUUUGUAGUAAUUCCAAUUGGAGGACGUUCGUGAGUCACUUAGCUUGAUCGUGUCAAAAUAUCAGACUUUUCCACCAGGCGGUUAUUUUCUGGCAAUAGAAUAAAGAUGUUGGAAUAAUAACAUUUUGGGCUUGAAUUGCAUUUUUGGAGCCCAAGAUGACCUCGGAUGGGUUCAUGGCCUUCUAGAGAUGUGUUCAGAAUGUCCCGAUCUUCAAAACAAGCUAUUAGGGGCUGAAUUUAGGGGAGAUUUGAGGCUAAAACGUGGCUGGACAGUUUAUGUGCAGAUUGUCCUAGUUUAAUUAAAACUCUAUUUUCUAAGUUAUAUUAUUAUUAUUAGUUAGCUUCCUAGUGGAAAUAAGAGACUUGGUUCUCAGGGAUUGUGCCGCUGGUUUUAGGGAUAUAUUUAAGGUUUUAGUCAGCCUUAGUUUGGGUUACGCUUUCUUUUAUUCAACUUUGGAGACAGAGAACUUUGCUAGGGUUUUCAAAGGCUUUUAGAUCUUCUACUUCAAGGUGUUUUCAUUCUAAAAAUAUUUUCUUUGAUUUUUAUUAUGAGUAUGUGUAACAAAUUUCUUUUGCUAGGGCGAAGCCAUGAGCCUUUAGCAUGAAUAUGUAAUUUUAUUAACUUGCUUAUGAAGGGAUGCAGGCUUGCUUUGAAUUAUUAA